CCCUAAUCCCGGAUUGAAGUUCGGAUCUUUGGAACAGCAUGCGGAGAUCUCGGCACCAAUCUAGGGUUUAACCGAGAGUUGCAGAACGCACUCGCCCGCAACCCUCUUCGCUUCUUCGGUUCCGCGACGUUGAGCCCGUGGCGCGGAGGGAAAUGCAUCGCCGGCGGCGGCGCGCGUGCGAUUCCGGAGCUCGCGUCUGCUGAUUUAGGCCUCGUGAUUUGACGGGGGGUGCUUUGAUUUUUCUUUUUUGGCGUUCCUGUUCGAAUUCUGGAGAGAUUGAUCCGUUUCAGAUGAAGCAAGAAUCCUUGGAAGCCUCCAAAAUUGAUAGCGCUAAUGAGACUCAUGGAAACAUCCAUGGUCCAAUUAUUUGUCAGGAGAUGCGGGAAUCAACGGAGAUCAUUAUCAUUGAUGAGAGUAAUGGAAAGAGUUCUGAGGUAAAGGAAAAUGGUGAUCUCCAGCCACUUUCAUUCGAUAUAUCUGGCGAAGGUCAGCCUUAUGCUCCUGAGAAUUUUCCUCUUCCUGGUGAUAUAUGGGGGUGGAAAGUGGGGAAGAGAGUGGCCAUUACGGGCCACUAUCAGGAUAGGUACCUUUAUCUUCCUAAGCGACUCCGUGCGUCUGAGAAGUUGACGUGCAAGAAGUACUGCUUUGCGAGUAAACGUUCAGUUGGACAGUACAUCCGAACCAAAUUCCCCAAUGCGGAUAUUGAUGCCUUUUUCAAAUCUUUCAUCUGGAAAAUCCCCUCGAAUAAACUGCCAUUGGUACACGGCAUUGCUGUAAGGCAUCCAUUCUUUCCUGUACAUAAUGAAGAGAUUGCAAAGCAUUCUGAGUCAGAUCCUGAUCAUGGCAGUUUGAGGUGCAAGGCACGAAAUAGGAUGUGCAGUAGCCUACUUGAACAAGCAGAGAAACCUGUCAGCCCAUCUUGGCCUUGUGAUCAUUGUUGCAGUGAACCCAAGUUUUGCCGAGAUUGUUGUUGCAUCCUAUGUUGGAGGAGCGUUAGUCCAGCUAGUGGAUGGUGUGAUUACAUCAAAUGCGAAGCAUUGAUUGAUGGGAAUAAAAUAUGUGGGCAUAUUGCUCACCUGGACUGUGCUCUUCAAGCUUACAUGGCUGGAAUGGUAGGAGGGGUAAUUGGGUUGGAUGCUGAAUAUUAUUGCCGACGUUGUGAUGUGAAAACUGGGCUAGUCCCCCAUGUUACCAGACUGUUGGAGGCUUCUAAAUCUAUUGAUUCUCCUGAUGAACGUGAGAAAAUUUUGAAACUUGCUUUCAGCCUCUUACGUGGUUCUCAAAAAACCAGUGCCAAGACUCUGCUCAAACUAAUCGAGUCUGCUUUGACCAAGCUAAAAUGUGCUCCUCCUGAUGAAAUUUCAACAGCAAACGUCAGUUCAGCUGUGACUGAUAAUGGAAAUCCUUCUCUAGAAGGUAGACACACAUCAGCUGCUGAGUCCAUUAUUUUUCAUCAUCGGACUCAAUCUGUGAGACUUGAUGAAGAGAUUGAUCAGGUCCUCCAGUCACUGAGAAAGUCACAAGAACUUGAAUAUAGAAUUGCAGAGGAACAGCUUCAUUCUCAGAAGCGUUAUCUUCACAAUCUGUACCAGCAGCUGGAGCAGGAGAGCUCUGAAUUGGCGUGUAAAGAAAAAUCAGAUGACUUUGACAACUUGCUGAAAGUCGUGUUGAAUAGGAAUAAUCAAAUCAAGCAGGAAGUCCAUAAACUCCAGGUGAUGAAAGAAGUGGCAAAAGGGUUUGGAAAGACAUCAAGAAGUAUCCUGAGAGAGCAUUUCGGUCUAGACAGGGACGAUCAGAGCCCGUGAUACUCGUCGGUGGGGGAAUUGGUGAUCAUCCAAGAUCAAUAUAGGGGCCUCCUGCAUUUUCCUUCUUUCUCAUAUGGACAUUGCCUUGUAAACAGGAGAAACUCCGGUUAACUUGAUAUGGCGAUAUGCAAGAUCUCAUGUCAAGCUACUGAAGCAAAGAAAGUGGCGAAGGAUCAUUUAGGUGAUAAGUGCGACCGCGCAAAACAGGGGAGAAAAAAUAAGGGAGGUGCGGUGCUGCUUGAGCAGAACGAGGCACAACAAUUUUGAGGUUGUGCAAAUUUUGUUCUGGAGGCUCUGAGCAGUGUGCUAGAGGAACGCUUUCAGUUCAUGCAUUGUUCCUCCCCUGUGAAUCUGGUGACUCUGGUGGGCCUCUGCUUUUUUAAAUUUUCUUUUGUCCUGCAUGCAUUUUUCCUCCCCUGUAGACAUUCCUUUUCUUCGCAUGGAAACCAAUAAUUCUCUGAAUGAGAUCGGCAAGCAAACAUCCUUAUUAGCAAAAUAUGUUCUCUUAAAUUUUGUUAAAGAAUUGGUUAUCUCUAA